AUGGCUACCCCCCUUGCCUUCGUGUCCUCAUUUUGGAAGUUCAAUUUUAUGAUGAUUGCUUUCAUAAUUCUGAUUUCAGCGGCAAAAGAUGAUCGUAUUUCAACGACCAGUAUUGGUGAUGGUGGCAAUGAACUGGGAAUGGGGAAAGUCAAAAAUGAGGUGGAAAAAUAUGUUGAACAUGGUGAAGAAAUUGCAUGUGUGGUAUCUUGUGAUUAUCUUAUCACAGCAGGAGUGUCGAACUGGGGUGGAUACGCCAUUGCUGUAGGCUUGCAUGUGUUGUCCACGUGUCCAAUUCAUGUGAGGUACGUGCGGCGGGGUCUGGCAAAGGUCGAAGAAGAAGAGAAAGGGAAAGAAGGAUUUUUGAAUAGUGUGGAACAGGUACGAGUUGAAAACAUGAUUUCUUAAACCUAACAUAAAAAAUUUUAGAUAUAAUUCUUUGUUCGCAAUGACUUACUUUUUGGAUGUCAGUUGACGGGCACAAAAACCGGCUAUUUUAAUGUAUUCAUCGAGUUUAGAGACAGUUUAAGACUCAAAAGAUGAAUUACCAUUCAGUUUUUCUUGCUACAACCAUUCUGAUAGGUGGAAAAUCGUCCACAAGUUGUGAAAUAGCCCGUCAUUUGGAUGAAAAGUUACGUGAUUGCAAACAAAGAAUUAUGUCGACUCUAUAAGAGCAUACAUGCGUUUGUUAAAGUCGAAAUCACAACAUAGGAGCCCAAACCUAUUCUAAGAGGACAUAGAACACAAUUUCCAUAGAACCACGUUAUCUAAAAUGUAGUCAUAACGAAAUUGUGAGCAUAUUGCCCACGGCUUACUUGCCGACAUUUUUCAUCAAAUUUCUUCCAUUUCAAUCCCUUAGAGUAUGUUAUCACUCUCGUUACCUGGGGCUUUUGCGCUUGUAGUGAAGCGCAGAAACCCUGGGUACGAGGUUGCAUGUCAUGUGAAGAGACUCAUAUUAGGGACCUUAAGCAAACAGGACGGCAACGCGACGACGACGGCUAUUCACACAAUGAUAUUCCUGAUCUCGUACAAGAGAAAUGAAUAAUUAAAAGCCCCACGGGAGUUAGAGGCGUUGUGUUAGGGGUUUUUACAACGGCAAACCAGAGAUUUUCGCGUCUCGUGUACAACGCACUCAUGUCAAGACGCGACAAGUGAAACUACAAAUUUGCUCAGCAAAAGCGUUUUUAACCAUAAAGCCUUUGUUUUAAUCUCUUCAAACUGAACUAAAUUCAUAUAUACAUGCAGUGGAUAAUACACAACAACUCUUCUUCGCAAUAAUUUAUUUGAAGAUGUUUGUUUUGGCUGUCGUCGCGUUGCCGUCGUGGAGCCAAGAUGGAAAUCCAGCUUAAUUUAUGUUAAUAUUUCAGGAAGCGGAAAUUUUGCAAAUGAUUGCAGAUGAAGGAGUUCGCGAUGGCAGAACUGGAAAGGCUGAACAAUCUGUUGAUGGUUUUCAAUUUUAUCCUUAUCAUGCCGAACAAAUCAAGAAAUUUCAAGCUGUUUUAAAGGGCAACAUUUGAUGUCAUGGCUGUGAUAAUUAUAGAAUGGAGCUAGUGUAAGGUAACCAAGGGUUCAACACUUCGAGAAUUGCUAAACGGUAUGGAGUUCAGCGACCAAGCCCUCCAGUUUAAUUUAAGUAUAUAGAUUACUGGCGAGACUCUUCAGUUAUAUAUUGAGUUCAGUGGCAUGCACGUUACACUGGAUCUUACUCAUUGAAAUGAAUAUAACUGGAACGCUACCUUCAGAUAAACUGCCUAUCUUUUUCUUGAAGCCAAAUUUGACCGAUACGCGUGUUUAUAUCAUGAUUGACUAAUUGAGCGCUCUUCGCAUGCGUGAAAAGUAGGACUGGCUUUCAACUUUGGCUUCAAAUUUCGGUUGAUAGGUAGCGUGCCAGUGAUAUUCAUUUCAAUGAGGGGGGGGGGGCUUUUUAAUUGCCUCCCCCUAUCUAUUCCAAACUUCCAGACAUGUGGCUUAUUGCAGUGCUGGAAAAAGUCCGGCAGCACCAGGAAAGUUUUAACAAAAUAUUUUCGCAG